GCGCGUCAUGUGGAUGUUCCGUUGCCGCCGCCGCCGUCGCACGUCGUCAUCUUCGUAAAAAAACAAAGGAGUAAAUUUGCAAAUCGACAAAUAUUUGCAAAAAUAAUAUCAUCAAAAUAUUAAUAAUAACAAUAGCGACGACGAUGAAGCAGAUGUAACAUUCAAAGCUGCCGACAAAGAAACGAACAACCAGAAUUCUGCAGCGUCGCGGCGCGAGCGAAAUUGCAGCGAGGAGGAGAAUCCAAAGAAAAGUUUCAUGAUGUAUUCCGAAGAAAGUUAUCAAGAUAUGAUCGAAGAUGAUUACGUUUAUUACGAAGAGACUGAGGACGAUUUCAUGCGUGUGUACGAGUACUGCACGUUGCCGACCAUCAAGCAGACGUCGCACUUUGUUUUGGUGCUGCUGCUGCAUUGUCUCGCCUUUAACGGAUUAACGAAAAUUUUCGCACACGGAAAACAUAAUAUGCACGCAAUUGCGACAAUCCUCGGAUUGAUGUACGUCUUUGGUUUCGCGUUGAGGGGUAGCUUGGAAGCCCUCUUCGUGAUACCGCUGGUGCUGCUGUCGCACAACGCUCUGCACCAUCUGAACGCGAGAUCGAUGCAACCGAUCGUCGUCAUCGGACCGAUCUUCGCCUUCAUUCUGAUCUUCUGCGAAUUCUUUGGACCGGAUCGAGAGGCUUGGCUGAAGAUGCGCAGCGUCGUGAUGAUAGCGAUGAUGAAGAUCAUCUCGUUGGCUUGCGAAGUCCAUAAGAGUAAAGAGGUGCCCUCGCUUUUGGAAUACAACGGAUAUCUGUGGUGUCCAGCGAACGUGGUGCUCGGACCGUGGAUGAGUUUUAAAGAGUACAAGGCGAGAUCGUGGUCGCAGAGAGUCUUGGGCGUAGAGUGGAUUUGGAGCGUCAUCAAGUACGCGUCGAUGUCGUUGAUUUUCGCCUGCUGCAGCAACUGCAUAGCCUCGUUCAUGCUCGACGACCAUAACAACGUAUUCGUUGUGGCGUUCAGGCAGGCGUUGUGCUUCAGGAUGAGCCACUACUUCAUCUCGUACGCGGCUUCAGCGGCGAUGGUCGCAGCAGGAUUCAGCGAUGACGCGAAGAAGCCUUGGACGUACGCGAUCGCCAAUCCGCUGGAAAUCGAAGCACCACGAUCUUUGGCUUCCGUCGUCACGAAUUGGAACGUACCGACGCACACGUUCCUCAAGCGGUACGUGUUCCCAGCUGUCCUGCCGCACGGCUACUUCGCCGCCAUCACCGUCACCUUCCUCGCCUCCUCGAUGCUGCACGGAAUGAGCGUCGAGGUGUCCGUCGUACUUCUCACCUUGGGCGUCUUCUCCUACGCGCAGACCAAGUUCCAGGAUCGCGUCGCCAGCUUGCUCGACUGUUGCGUGCGCGUGAAAGCCUGCAGGAAUUGCAAGCACUCUCGCGGUGGACGCUCGCUGCUCGCCACAGCCUGCAACGCCCUCUUCACGCUGUCAACGAUGAUCCUGCUGACGUACGUCGGCUGUCUGAUGGACGACGUCGGCGAGGAUCGGACCGCCCGCGACAUCCUGCUGAACAUCUACGACAGAUGGACGCAACUCUUCGGCGUCGGUCAUCUCAUCGCCGUUUUCUGCAUAUCCUUCGCGUGGAUAUCGAGAUGAACAACAGUAUCAAUCAACAUCAUCAUCAUCACCAUCAAGCAAACCAAACAAUAUACAUACUUCAAUCAAUAAAUAAACAUAAUUUAUAAUUAUUAUCUAUUUCUUGUUACUAAGUAACGGUUAGAAAGUAACGAUAACUGUAUUCUGAAUAUCAGAAGUUGCGCAUUCUGUCAAAA